GUGUUCGCACAAUCUGUUGCAACCGCCAUCUCCGUCAACUUCUUCGUCGUCAGUGUCCAUUGGUGGCGGCCUUGUGUCGUGUUUUCGGCAUCUUCUGUCGGCGUGGGUGAGUGCGAUGUCUUCCGUAGUCGAUGUGCGUUCGGUCGGUGAUGGGGAUGAGGCCGGGGCUAGGUUAUCCGUUUUGGAGAGGGCUGCAGUGACGGCUGUUGUCAACACCGUCAUCAUGCGUUGCGAGAUGGAGGGCGCAGGUGAACGACUGAGGGCACAGCUACGCGCGCGAAGAAGGAAGCUGAUGCAGUCGCCGGCCUCUGAAGGGUUCGAUAGCGUCGCCAUAUGUGACGCCGUGAUGGAGGUGGCGUGGCCGAAAAGGGUGCAGAAGGCGGUUGUUCUGCGUGCUUUUGCGGACAAGGGUUUCCCCAACUGUCAUGGGUGUAUCGAUUGCACCCAUGUCUAUAUCGACAAGCCGGCGAACGCACCUCCAGAAGACUACUUCGAUCGCAAGAGACGAUUCUCUAUCGUCGCUCAAGUUGUGGUGGACUUGGACUUGCGCGUGCUCGAUGUGUUUGUGGGUUAUCCGGGGAGCUUCCACGACGUCAUGGUCAUCCAUCUGUCCAGUCUAUGGUCACGUGCGGCGGUGGGAGAGUUGUUCACAGGGCCACCUGUGCUGCUACCAUUCCAAGUGCAGACGAAUGGUUAUCUGCUGGGCGACAAUGGCUACCCGCCGAGCGAAUGGAUAGUUGUUCCGUAUGGCGGCAUAGCGCAGUACCCGUUCGAGAUCCGUUUUGACAACAAGCAGAAGACCGCGAGGGGGGCAGUGGAGAGGGCCUUCGGGAGACUAAAGGGAAUGUGGCGUUUGUUUCUUCGCUCGCACAAGACGAACAUGGAGACCUUGCCGCAGCAGUUCGUGGCCGUCUGCAUCUUGCACAACAUCCUAAUCGACGUUGGCAUCCCUUUCGAUGAGAACUUGUUGUGGGAGGUGGACGCCAAUGGAGUUCACCGUCGAGUGGAUCUUGGGAUCCAACGCCCCCCGGGCCCUUGUGCAUGGAAACUUCUACGGGGGAAGCGAUAAUGCUGCGUCAGGCGCUGGCGGAGCGAAUGAUGCAGCAAUGAGCGAUGUCGACGGCGUGGGGCGGCAGUACAUGUUGCCUGCGUAGGUGGAAGAGCGUUUGACGGCGCUAGUAGAAGGAAGCAGUGUGCGAAAAGACGAUGGGGAUAGUAAAUGUCUCAUGCCGUC